CAUUCUGUUGUGGGAAGAUACUCAGCAUAUAUACAACAGAAUAGAUAAAAAGGAAUGAUGAGAGAGAGGGCCCAUAGCUUGAGCAGAAUGGGGAAGAAAAUCAGGAAAGACCUCAUUUGGGUGAGAGUAUCUCUGGGAAGCUCCUUUGUGAUGUUAUGACCACAUAAGACCAAAAGAGUGAGGGUUGGAAUCGUAUCUGGGCUUAGCCAGUAGAAGCUAGUCCCAUAUGCUGGGUCUUCUCCCUACCUCAGAAAAGCCCCUCCCCCAUCCUCACAACCUGACUCCUUGCUAUACCGUAAAAUGGGUUUGAUUGGGUUAUUUCCUUGUCCCUGAUCAAAUCAGUCUCUAGUGACAGGAAAAAGGGUCCUCUGCCCAUUUUUGAGGGGUACAGUCAAGAAGGUCUCUAGUAUCAACGGCCUGGUCCUCUUCCUUUGCUAGACCAAGUACCAGAGAGUCUAAUGUUCCCUUUUCCAUGGGCAGCUGUCCCUCCUGCCCUGUGAAGGAGCUAGCCAGAGGCCAGUGUGGUAAGAGCUGCUCAUCCUGGGUCUGAAGGGCAGGAAAGCACCAGUUCAGCCCCUUAAGGGCCUGAUAAGGAGAGGAGGGGGAGCAGUGCUUCCCCCAACCCCUUGUACCUGUUCCCAACGGCUUCUCUGCCCCAGUUUAUGAUCUGAUUGCCUCUGCUUGAGGCUACUAUCCUCAAGGACAUCUUGGGAAGGGGGCCCAGCAGCAUCUUGCGUAAUUGAGACACAAGUUCUGCCUUCACUUUGCUUGCUCAGGCUCCACCCAACUCAGUUGCUGUGACCUGAGUGUUGCAUUUACCUGGACCUGGACCUCUACUCAACAGCUUUUAAUAAUUUUGAUAUAAAAAACUAGAAAUCGUCAAGCUUGGUAAGGCUAUGAAAAGACAGGGAUGCUAUUAUCUCAUCAUUUUUAUGGGCCAGAUAAAUCCACCUUUUCAAUGGGUUAGAGAAGUCCCCUAUCAGAGCAGAGAUAGGCUCCUUGAGAGUCUUUUAGAAUAGUAGAAUCAUCAUAGACUAGCAUAGAAAGAGACCUUACAGAUCAUGUAGCACAGCUCUCCCUCACAAUACAGAAGAGAUUUAGAGAGAAGUAAGAUCCCAGAUCACACAAAACCUAGACUGGAAACCAAAUUUCCCAUUUUCAAGCUGUUCUCCCUCGGCUCCUGCUGCCUCUACUACACGAAUUGCUAAGAAACUCGAGUGGCCCUAUUUAUCCUGAAUGAGAAGAUAAGUUUUUUCAGGGACCAGAAGCGGGACUCUAGAUUUGGCCAGAACAAGGGAAUGGAGGGAACGGUUUUGACAGAGCCCAUUCUGCCAUACCAAGACAACCCAGCCGCAAUGGAGUCUGCAAUAGCUCCAUCGAUGCCCCUUGUACUCUGGCCCUCAUCACUGCCAAUCCAUUAGCACACCACCUCUGCCAGUUAUAUCUCUGCUCCCCAGCCCACUCCAGCUUUGAGCCACUAAGGCUCUUCUGCCCACUUGGGACACUGCUGCUCAUUCCUUCCCAUCUAAACCUGUUGGAUGCCCUCAGGCAUUAAAAAGCCAAUAAUCCUACAAAGUCCCAUCCGUGCCACCUCCCAAUUACCAACUCUCUCCUAGCUUUCUGAUGAAAAAGGUUGCCUUUCAGCUGUCUUUGAGGGUCCGACCUCCAGCAUCUUGCCCUGGUUGAAUGCUGAUUCAUGGUCUUACAACAAUGGGCCCUAAGGGCAGAGCCAAGUUUGUGACUUUCCCACAUGCCAGGCAGAGGACCACUGAUAACACAGCUGAGGAUGGAGUCGACCAUUCCUUCCUAACCUCAGUGCUUCUCUUUUGUCCAUCAUGGAAGCCCUGGCCGCUCUUUUCUAAGUCAGUCACCGGCAUAGCCAGUGCGUCCUUCUAGUUAGUCCUCAUUGGGGUGGGUGACAGGGAAAUAGGCUAAGGUAUUUCUGGACCCUGCCAUGUAGGGUCCAGGGAUCAGUGCAAGCUCAGGCUUAAGUGACCUGCCUCCCUCACAUCCCAUGGGGCCCAAGGGGCACAUCCCUCCCCUCCCAGGAAUGCAUUUUAUAACCGGAUUGUCAGCAUUGGUUUGAGGGCUGAGGAGGGGAGUAGGGAAUCCUAGGAAACGCUGCUUCUCUGGGAUCAGCACUGUGUAGCACGAGUAAGCUGAUAACUAGGGCAAAGUCUCCCCACUUGGGGUUUCCAAGCUCUACCUGCUCCCUGGUCAUUGCAGUCUGUCCUCCCUCCUGACUUCUAUCUGUUCUCUCUCCUCUGCCCUCAUUCCUCUUCACACAGCACCCCUCUUCUCUCCUUUGCUACCCCUCCUCCCCUCUGAAAUUUCCUCUGUCCCAGAGAAUAUGUACCUGCUCCUGCUCCUCUUCUUGGCCUCAUUUUCAGCAAGUCACUCCUCGAGCCUUAGGAAGACCACCUGCAAUUUUGUGUGUGACUUCUGGGACUGCUCUGAUGAAAGUCAGUGUGGUUACCACCAAGAGUACUCUUCCCUGCACGCUCCUUUCGCCUGCAACUUUGAGGAAGACACCUGUGGCUGGCAGGACAUCAGUACUUCUGGCUACCGCUGGGUCCGGGACCAAGCAGGGUCGACCUUCGGGAGUCCAGAACUCCGCUCAGACCACACAUUUGGCACUGACUUGGGCUGGUUUAUGGUUGUCGGUACCCACCAAGGAAAGGAACCAGCCACAGCCAUCUUGCGCUCCCCUGUCCUCCAUGAGGCAGCCCCUACCUGUGAAAUAAGGCUCCGGUACCAUGGAAAUAUCCAAGAUGUGGUGAAUCUUCAAAUAGAGCUAACGCACAACUCCGAGACGCUCAUGUUGUGGCAAAGCUUAGGGCGUAUGGGAGGAAGUGGCUGGCAAGAGCUGGUGGUAUCCACGGGCCGCAUUCAGGGAGAUUUCUGGAUCACUAUCUCUGCCACACGAAAUGCCACGCACAGGGGAGCUGUGGCCCUGGAUGACAUGGAAUUCUGGAACUGCGGUCUCCCCUCCCCUCAGAGCAGCUGUACCAGUUCCCAACAGCACUGCAACAACUAUGCCUGUGUGGCAUUAACUCAGCUGUGCGACGGAGAGGAUAACUGUGGGGACGCCUCCGAUGAAGACCAAACCUCCUGCAGCAAGGUUAACCAUAAAAUAACAGACUUUGAGAAUGGUCUGGGAGAGUGGGAAAACGCUACAGGGUGGGUAAUAACCCGAGGUUCCGAAGCCUCUGCAGCCUCAGCCGAGCCAGUCCGGGACCACAGCAAGAACAGUGCAUCAGGAUCUUUCCUACUCACCAAGGCUGAUCAAGGAACUCCUGCUGUCUUGGUGAGCCCAGAGUUCCAUCCUUCAACUACCAACAGCUGUUUGUUUACCUUCUAUUACUACCUGCAUGGUUCUGAGGCUGGAAGCCUACAGCUGUUCCUGCAGAGCCAGGACCCUGAGUCACACCAGAUGGACCUCAUACGGACCCGCCAAGGAGACCUGGGAGCUGCCUGGGUCCGGGACAAAGUCACCAUCUACAGCAAGCAUCCCUUCUGGAUCCUCCUGAAGGGAGAAACGGGGCCUGGAGGGGUCGUGGGCCUUGAUGAUCUGAUCCUAAACCAACAUUGCAAACAAGUGUCCAAGGUUGAAGACAUACGUCCCCCAGCCACCUCUGCCCCUGACAUGCCCCGGCACCACCAAGGCACCAAGACUGGCCCAAGGACUCCUGCUGACAACUUCUGUGAACCUGGUCAGUUCUCCUGUGGGGAACUGUGCCUCUCUCCGGAGCAGCUGUGUGACUUUGUGCCCCAGUGUGCAGGGGGUGUGGAUGAAGAGAACUGUGGUGGAACAAAUUUUGAGUCAGGCCCUGGGGGCUGGAGGGAUGCUAGUAUAGGCUCUCUCCAGUGGCAGAGGAUCCGUGCUCAGGACAGCUCUGACCCCAAGACCGAUGCUGUGGGGAAUGAAGCUGGAUAUUUUCUGUCAGUGCAGAGGGCCUGGGGGCAGCUGAUGGGGGUGGCCAGGGCACGGACCCCUGUUCUAGGUCCAUCUGGCCCAGGCUGUACUCUCAAGAUGGCCUAUUACCUCCAAGGAAACCCACAAGGGAUCCUGUCACUCGGUGUGAUAGAGGAUGGCACCCAUAAGUUGGCCUGGAGCAUUCAGAAAAAUAGCAAUGAUACAUGGACAUGGGUGACAGUGCCACUUGGAGAAAGGAUGAGGCCUUUCCAGCUGGAGCUCCUGGGGCUGGUGAUUUUCAGUGCCCCAGGGACCAAAGGAAUCGCAGUAGAUGAAAUUACCUUUGUGAACUGCAACCCCACUGUGACCACAGAGAAAGACACAGAACUCUCGUGUAACUUUGAACGGGACUCCUGCGGCUGGUAUCCUGAGCACAAAACCGACGCCCUGUGGCGAAGGACCUCGGUGCAAGGCCCGGGCUAUGACCACACCACCAGCCAAGGCCACUUCAUGUAUUUGGACCCGACGUCCCCUCCCGCCCGAGGAAUAGGGGCCCGCCUCCUCACGGCUCCCCAGGUUUCCCCAGCUUACAACGAAUGUCUCUCCUUCUGGUACCACCUCUACGGGCCCCAAAUUGGGACGCUGAGCCUGACUCUAAGACGAGCUGGAGAGGCUGAUACGCACUUGUGGGCACGCACAGGCACUCAUGGCAACCGGUGGCACCAGGCCUGGGCCACCCUCUCCCACCCUUCAGACUCCCCGGAAAAGUACCAGCUGGCAUUUGAGGCUCACAGGAAUGGGUACCAUGGCAACAUUGCAGUGGAUGACAUUACUGUGCGGCCGGGUCCCUGCUGGGCUCCUCGACGCUGUUCCUUUGAAAAUUCGGACUGUGGAUUCUUAUCUAGUGGACAGGGAGCCUGGCAACGACGGGGCAAUGCCACGGGCAGCACCGUAAGGGGCCCACGUGCAGACCACACCACAGAGACCCCUGAAGGACACUACAUGAUGGUGGACACAAGUCCAAGUGCCCUGCCCCAGGGCCGGACAGCCUUACUGACCUCUGAAGAAUAUUCACCGCUGGCCCAGCCUGGAUGCUUAACUUUCUGGUAUCAUCUGAGCCUCCAGAAUCCAGGCACAUUCCGGGUCCACGUGGAGGAGGGGAAGAGACGCCAGGUGUUCAGCGUGAAUGCCCCCGGUGGUUUCACUUGGCGCUUGGGCAGUGUGGACGUCCAGCCUGAAAAAGCGUGGAAGGUGAUAUUUGAGGCAGUUGGAGCUGGGGUGGAGCACACGUACAUGGCUGUGGAUGAUCUGCAUCUGAAGGAUGGCCCAUGCCCUCAGCCAGGGUCCUGUGACUUUGAAUCGGACAUGUGCAGCUGGAGUCACACGGCCUGGCCAGGCCUGGGCGGCUACAGCUGGGACUGGAGCAGCGGUGCCAUCCCCUCUAGGUACCCCCAGCCUUCCGUGGACCACACUCUGGGCACCGAAACUGGUCACUUUGCCUUCUUCGACACCAGUGUUCUGGGCCCUGGGGGUCGGGCAGCCUGGCUUCAAAGUGAGCCUCUCCCCCCCACUCCCACGGGCGGUUCCUGUCUUCGGUUCUGGUACUACAUGGGCUUUCCGGAGCAUUUCUACAAGGGUGAGCUGAAAGUCCUCCUACUUAGCUCCCAGGGCCUGCUGAUCUUGUGGGGCACGGAGGCGUAUCUGCGCCAACAGUGGCUCGAAGGACAGGUCCAGGUGACGAGCCCGGUGGAAUUUCAGAUUAUAUUUGAGGCCACCCUGGGGGGCCAGCCUGUCCUGGGCCCCAUUGCGCUGGAUGACAUCGUGUACCAGACAGGGCAGAGCUGUGAGCCACCCAUGCCCACUAGAGAAGACUCCAAAUCGCCCACCAUCCCCGUGGUGACGGUCACGCUCUUGGCUGCUCUUCUCUUGGGGCUGCUGGCCUUUGGUGUGUGGCGCCGGAUGAAGAAGGGAGACCACUCAUUCAAGAAGCAGGAGACCACUGCCGCAUCUGGCUUUGAUAAUGUCGUUUUCAACUCGGAUCAUGUCACCCUGCCCCCAAUAACAGGUGAUCAGACUACCACCCCAGAUGCAAUUCAGGACCUUUGAAAGGAGAUCACUUGAUAUCUGUGCUGUAACUUCAACCCCAGGUAUAGGAGAAAACUAAGAUAGCCCCUGCUGGGACAUGGUCUCUCUCUCAACAUAGAGGAAAGCCAGAGAUGCCUGGGGUAACAAAGUCACCAAGCACCGCAGCUGCAUGAGAAAUACUUGAUGCAAAAGUUAAACUUCUGGAAAUUCAUUCCCAUUGACCACUAGUUUCUAUAUAAGAUAGUCUCCAUUUUGGUUUUGAACUAAGAGUUGACUGAGUGGGAAGGUGGUUCUUGUUUUUUUGAAUAAAUGCACUUUAUAAUGUUGA